AAUCACUAAAGGGAAUUAACCAUACAUUGAUCUAAUUAUUUAAACGUAUUUAAACAAAAUGAAUUAAUAAUGAAGUACUCAUAUCUAUUCAUGUUCAUGUAUAUAUCCAUGCUGUAAUGCAAAAGUUUACAGUGAGAAAUCAUAACAAUCAUCAGUGUGAUUUCCAGCUUAAAACUUAAUAACUCAAAGUAACCCAAAAGUGGAACAAAUACAAAUAUCUGUAAAUUAAUCAUCUUCCCUUACAAACCAUCUUUAAUUAUUUGAAGAAAACAUAUCUCUUAGAUAGAAACUUUCAUGAGAUUUUGUUUAAUAAUUUACCCAGUUAAAGAAAAUUACAUCAAGUUGAAUUAACAAUUGUGAAUUCAUUUGAAAAUUAAAUGUCUGGUGAUACUGAAGCCACAUUCGUUUUAUCUUUAGACGAUGAUGAAAAUGAUAUUGCAUCAUCUCAUCAAAAUCCUAAUAGAACAAUAACAGCAGAUUAUUCAACAGAUAAUACAGUAGUUGAAUUCUCUAUUUCAAUUAAUGAUGAUAGCGUUGAAGUGAAAGGAGGAGAUUCAAUGUCAUUGGAAGAACAAUUAGCUUGGUUUGGUGACUAUCUUGAAAAAGAAUCUCGUAUAUUUGAACAAAAAUGGUCACACCCAACACAAAGUAAUGCAACCUUGAAUCAAUUUGAUCGUAUAAAAACACUUGGUACAGGAUCAUUUGGUCGUGUCAUGUUAGUAAAAGAUAAAAAGACACAGAUGUAUUAUGCAAUGAAAAUUCUAGAAAAACAAAAAGUUGUCAAACUCAAACAAGUUGAACAUACAUUGAAUGAGAAAAAAAUUUUACAAGCAAUCAAUUUUCCUUUUCUUGUUAGUAUGGAUUUUAGUUUUAAAGAUAAUUCAAAUCUGUAUAUGGUACUUGAGUUUGUCAGUGGAGGUGAAAUGUUUUCCUAUUUAAGAAGAGUUGGAAAAUUCAGUGAAGAAGAUUCACGUUUCUAUGCAAGUCAAGUUGUACUGGCAUUUGAAUAUCUACAUUCUUUUGAUUUAAUCUACAGGGAUUUGAAACCUGAGAAUUUAUUGAUUGCUAGUGAUGGUUAUUUAAAAGUCACCGACUUCGGAUUUGCCAAAAAAAUCAAAGGACGAACAUGGACAUUAUGUGGAACACCAGAAUAUCUUGCCCCCGAAAUCAUUCUAAGCAAAGUAAGAUUUCCCGGACAUGUUAGUAGUGAUUUGAAAAAUCUUCUCAAACAAUUGUUACAAACGGAUUUAACAAAACGUUAUGGUAAUUUAAAAAACGGUGUCGAUGAUAUUAAAUGUCAUAAAUGGUUCCGGCCAACUAAUUGGGUUGCUGUCUAUCAAAAAGAACUAUCUGCUCCAUUCCUACCGCCAUGUAAAGGGCCCGGUGACACAAGUAAUUUCGAUGAUUAUGAAGAGGAACCACUUCGGAUAUCUAAAACAGAUUAUUGUUCAAAAGAAUUUGAAGAGUUCUGAAGGAAAAUAAAUCAAAGUGAAUGAGUCAAAUACAUCAAAAGACAUUUGAACUAAAUCUUAUUAACAGUGCUUAUUUUUUAUUUUCAGGUUUCACUUCAAAUCCCAGUCUGUUUUGAUACACUCGUCUGAAAUUUUGGGUCACACGGGAUGAAAACAGACAAAAGAUAAAUACCUUAACCAGGCACAUGGAUUUAUGUGCGCAAAUAUAAGAUCCUUAAUUUUUGGUAAUAUUCAACCACUCAUUAUGUGUAUAUGUGUGUAAAAGCAUGAAAUAAUCACAUUUACACGUAAAUAUGUUUUGAUAACACCUUUUAUCACGAUACUUUUAAUAAACAAAUGAAGCCAUAAAGUAUCUAGUCAGAUUUGUAUAUUAUAAGCCUUUCUAUCAUUUUGUAUGGAUUAAUACAAGUUCACUAACUUCUUAGUUUAUGAGGUUGGAACUACUCAGAAUUUUUUUGUUUUCUUUUUUGUUCCCUGUAAACUAUCAUAUUUUUAUUCUGUGUAAAUGAGGUAACAAUUAAUCACUGAACGUCCCUAGUUCUUUGGUUUUUAUUCACUAUUCAUCAGAAACGUAUGUUUAUUGUAUAUCUAUAUAUGUUUAAAUACUGACAUAUACAUAUAUAUAUUUGUGUGACCC